AGAGGCGAUAGGGCGGAUAUGACGGUAGUAGGUCCGUGAUAAAAUGGCUCGACAGGGGUGGAACGGCAUCAGAACAUCGGUGUGCGGUGUGAAGACACGACCGAGCAGCCUCCAGAGAGUCAUCAUGAGAACAGUGACAUGUCUCGCUCUUUUCGUCGCGGUUACUGCCGGAGCCGUCCGACGACCUGUUGGUCUGAGCCAGGAUGGCACCUACUGGCCUGAAAGGGCCCAGGGCGAAAGGCGCCCUCUUGGUCUGAGCCAGGACGGCACUUACUGGCCUGAGAGGGCCCAGGGUGGAAGACGUCCUCUUGGUCUGAGCCAGGACGGCACCUACUGGCCUGAAAGGGCCCAGGGCGAAAGGCGCCCUCUUGGUCUGAGCCAGGACGGCACCUACUGGCCUGAGAGGGCCCAGGGCGAAAGGCGCCCUCUUGGUCUGAGUCAGGACGGCACUUACUGGCCUGAGAAGGCCCAGGGUGAGAGGCGUCUUCUUGGUCUGAGUCAGGACGGCACCUACUGGCCUGAGAGGGCCCAGGGUGGAAGACGUCCUCUUGGUCUGAGCCAGGACGGCACCUACUGGCCUGAAAGGGCCCAGGGCGAAAGGCGCCCUCUUGGUCUGAGCCAGGACGGCACCUACUGGCCUGAGAAGGCCCAGGGUGAGAGGCGUCUUCUUGGUCUGAGCCAGGACGGCAUCUACUGGCCUGAGAAGGCCCAGGGUGAGAGGCGUCCUCUUGGUCGGAGCCAGGACGGCACCUACUGGCCUGAGAAGGCCCAGGGUGAGAGGCGUCUUCUUGGUCUGAGUCAGGACGGCACCUACUGGCCUGAGAGGGUCCAGGGUGGAAGGCGUCUGCGUGGUCUGAGCCAGGAUGGCACCUACUGGCCUCGGAAGGUUCAUCGUAAAAAUCAUAGCUUUGAAUCUGCCUCUAGCGAAGAGGAAUCCUCCGACACCCCGGUCGUCGUUUCGGACAACUCCAGCGGUCGGGCGGGCGAGUUAGACACCUUCCGCGCUCGUCACCAGCGUCGGCACCAGCGUCGUCACCAGGGUGACGCCACCCGUCACCAGCACCGGCGUCACCACCACCGUCAGGAGGAGCGGGAUGGCGCGCAGGACUCGGCGGAGUCGAGCGGUACGCCCGGCGGUGAGGAGGCCCGCGAGUGAGCGUUGGUCGUAGGACGAGUGCCAGGGUGACCCAGCGUUCGUCUCGAUACGGAAGCGCGCCGUAGUAUUAGGAUGAGCUGAUGCAUAUCUAAUGAUGUCACAGGACGGCUCUUUAUUUUAAUAGAUUAUUUUGAUAUGCGGUAGUUUUUUAUGCUUGGAAAAUAGUUGAAUGUGAUUUUUUUGGAUUCCCUUUUUAAUAUAUUUCUAAAGCUUAUCAAAUAUAUUCAUUGGCAUAGAACAUACUAAUGAUAUGUCUUGACAGACAAAAUGAACGCUUUAGAUAGAAAUAUCGGGCACCUUUUCUAUGCCAUUUUAUGUGCUGUGACUUUCAUAUACAUGAUAUGCUGUGAGUUGUCAUAUAUAUUUUUGCUUGAGCUUUGUUACCCAAGAGUACCUAUUUUGCUGUUAUUAAAAAUAAAUGAAACACCCAUA